UAGAACAUACAAUGUGCGUUUAUUGCUCUGAAGAUUACGCUUAAAUCGCUUUGUACUUUGGUUUGGCUCCGCCUGUCUGACAAAAGUAGGAAUUAUACGAUCCGGUUCUGCAGGUUCUUUGGUUAUGUAGACUGACUUUUGACAGUUGAUCGUAUAAGUUCACGUUUCUGUAAGCUUUGCUGCCGCAUCCUCCACAGUUUUACUCAAAUGAAGCUGUAUGCCAAGUUACUGUGCAGCUUAAGCGUCGCUUUCAUUGCGGUUCGAUGGAGUGCUUCGCCGUUUAAUGAGGAGUCUUUGAAAGGUGCCCGGGUGCUGGUGACCGGUGCCAGCACUGGCAUCGGUGAGCAGUUGGCGUACCACUACGCCCGUUUAGGAGCUCAACUCAUUAUCACGGCGAGGAGAGGAAAUGUCCUAGAAGAGGUUGUGCGCAAGUGUCAGGAAAUGGGGGCUCAAAGGGCCUUUUUCAUGCCUGCAGACAUGGCGAUCCCCUCCGAUGCCGAGCGUGUGGUACAGUACACCAUCGAACAGCUCGGGGGGCUGGAUUUCCUGGUUCUGAACCACAUCGGGCCCAGUCCAUACGGAAUGUGGAAUGGAGACGUGGAGCACACGCGAUGGCUGCUAGAGGUGAAUUUUCUCAGUUACCUACAGAUGGCUCAGAAAGCUUUGCCGACUCUUGAAAAGAGUAAAGGAUCGAUAGUUGUUGUUUCCUCCCUUCUAGGAAAACUAUGCGGCCCCUUCGCUUUGCCGUAUGCCGCAACUAAGUUUGCACUCAACGGUUUCUUUGGAGGCCUCCAGCAUGAGCUAGCAAUGCAAAAAAGCAAUGUAUCCAUAACCAUGUGCAUACUUGGACUGAUCGACACAGAUAGCGCUAUGGAGAAAAUCAAAGGUUACAUCAAUAUGACCGCCUACCCUGCACAUGAUGCCGCCCGGCACAUCAUCGAAGCUGGAGCAUCUCGACAGUCUGAGACUUUUUACCCCUGGUACACCUACUACGCCUGUCUCUUCAGGGAUUGGUUCCCCUACUUCAGAGAUCAGGCGAUUCAAAACUCCUACACAUAUAAUCCAUAAGUUAGUAUGGAACUAAUUACUGAAAGCUUACAGUUCCCUUGAAAUCUAUUUGUGGAGCAGAGCAUUAGCGGUUAGUGCAUGUGCUCUGACACAACAAGCCCUCGGGGGUUGCAGUUGUUGAACACCAAACAUUUUAUGUUUUAAACAAAUUUUAAAGGUUGACUAAAGUGAUUUAUAGUACACCAUCAAUGAAUUAUUGCUGCUACGAGGUUUAAAAAAGUUUAAACCUUGUUCAUUUUACUAUGUCCACAACUGUAUGCACAUUUUUGGAAGAAACUCUUAAGUAAUUGUUUGUAAAAUCUGAAAUCAUUAACAUUUUUCCUCUAUGACUGCAAAGCACUGUGAACUUACCUCAUGUUUUCUUAUCAGUGACUUACUAUCUACCUGACCUAUUGCUGAUGCUUAUAUUUGGUAUCAGACUUGACAAUAAAGACGUUCCACUAAA